UUGAUAAGUGUUAUCACAUUUAAAAUGCAAACUUGUACGAUUGAACCCAAACAGAAUAAAGUUUAUACAUUCGUUCCUACUUGCUGUGAUUUUGUGUUUAUUUAACUAGAUUGUAUUUUAGUUGGACAUGUUUUUCAUUUUUCUGUUCAUUCUAGUCAUUACGACAGAAAAGUCUUCAGGUGUAUGCAGAAUUGAUAACGUUACAGAUUCCCAAGGAGAAAAUGUCAAACGCAAGCAAUACAUUCAUUGUCAGUUUGAAAACAUAUCUUCGAAUCUGUACACAAAAGUCAAACCAUUUUACGAUUAUUACAAGUCUGACACGAUAGAGUGGUUAGAAAUCAGUGACACAGACAAUCGCCUUUUAUCCUCAGGGGCUUUGGGACCUCUUCCAGUGAUGGACUUAAGAAUACAUAACGCAAAUAUUCACGAAAUUGAACCCAACGCUUUUUCGGGAAUUGAUAAAUAUUUGGGAAAGCUAUCAUUGAAAAAUAACAAACUUUCGAGUAUAAAAGAUUAUUAUUUUAAGCAUUUAUUUUUAAUUUACUUAGAUUUAAGUUUUAAUAACAUCACUAGUAUAAGUGAAAACAGUUUUUUAGAAAAUAGAUACUUAGGCACACUGAUUCUAAAAAAUAAUUUACUUUCAGUUUUACCACCCAAUUUAUUUCCAAGAUCGAAUCAUUGGCGUAUAACCCAUUUAGAUGUAUCCUUUAACAAACUUGUGACUCUUGACAGUAAGAUAUUUCAUAAUUUAUGGUCACUAGUUGAAUUACGAAUAAACGAUAAUUACUUAAAUCACUUGGAUGAAAACAUAUUCAGUGAAAAUGACGACUUAAAUUAUUUAUUCAUAAAUAACAACCGUUUUCGGGGCUUCCAUAAUUUAACUUUGCCAAAAUCAAUGAAUACAGUCAAUGCCAGUAAUAAUUUAAUUGCAUUCUUUAAUUUGCGGAAACACACCUUUAUUAAUACGUUGGACUUGAGCUCGAAUGGAAUAUCAUCCACCAAGGAUUUAUCAUUUACAAAUGCAACUGUAAGUGAGUUACUUCUAGAUAAUAACAAUUUGGAAUCAACUCACGACACUUUCAUUACUUAUUUUCCAUCACUGUGGCACCUUUCGCUCACCAAUAAUAAACUAACACAAAUAAACCACUUCAAAAACAGCACAAAGCUAACAAGACUAAACCUUGCCAAAAAUAAUUUAUGCACUAAUGAUCUUUUAAACUUACCCUCUUCACUAAACGAACUGCUUGUUAGUUUUAACAAUUUAACAGAAAUUGCCUUCGAUUCGUUACAAGGUUUGAAGUUUUUAAAAAUCCUCCAUUUGGAGCACAACCAAAUCCAAAAAAUUGCCUUAGGGGCGUUUAGAAAUUUGGGUCAGCUAAUUGAACUCGAUUUAUCAAAUAACAAGAUUUCCGUUUUAGGUAUUGGUGUUUUCGGUGGGUUGAAUAGUUUAAAACACUUGGAUUUAUCAGAGAAUGAAUUACAACAAAUAAGUAACGCUUUUUAUAAUUUACGAGCUUUGAGAAUCAUAAAUUUAAGCAAAACUAAAGUUAAAUACAACACUGUGGAGACAAUUUUGUUACAAUUACCAAACGUGGAACAAGUUGGUUUAGCUGAAAAUGGCUGGGCUUGUUCACAUUUAAUUAACAUUACCACCAAGUUUGGUAAAAAAGUUAUUGAUAUGGGGAAGUAUAACAUAACUAAUGUCGAUGGUGUGGCGUGUGAUUACGAGGAAACGCCAGAACACAACAAACAGAAGUCAACAAAUUUAAGUCGGUUUGAAGCUGAUUAUCAUGGUUUAUUUAAGUUCCAGAUUUGUUUCAUGUGUUAACUGAACUAUUUGUAACAGUAAUACGAAAUUAGCAUUUACAUUCUUAAAAAUAAUUUUUGAAAAUAAAUUAUUGUUUCUCACUGUAAAAGGGUGAAUAUAAGUUUCUAAUACGGAGGAAUAUAUAACUUAGGAGAUCCUAAAAUCCUAUUUUUUUAAAAUAGUAAAAACGAGGGCGCUUCUAGCGUUAAACCGUUAAACCGUUUUAAAUUAAUCUAAAUCCAACUAAUUCCCUAAUACCUUAAAAAAAAUGCAGAAGUGUAGAGCUUUGCCCUUUUAACAGACUGAAAAAACUGACUACUAAAAUUUAAAAAACAUUAUUUAAAAUUUAAAAUAUGCGCCUGUGUUUUUCAAGACGCUGCGAAUACGAUUAAAGUUACAAGAAAAAUUUUUUUGUAGAAAAUCUACACCUUUUUUUAAUAAUUUUCUUGCAUCAGAAACCGUAUUCCCAGCGUUUUGAAAAAUAUGGAGCAGAAAGCAAAUUAGUAAAAGUUUGUAAGUUUUUCAAACAUAAUUUUGCGUUAUCUUCUUUGCAUUUAAUUGAAUUUAAUGCUCUAUCUGCCUGUAUUUUUUUGUUUGCUACGUGUUAACCGUUAUUCAAAAACAACCAUUUUUUCAAAUUCAUAACUCUGAAAACUCAGACGGUAAUAGAACAGCUGCGCUCUCUGGCGACAUUAACGGAAUUAUCGAGAACGGAAACGUUUCAUAUCCCAACCUUUAGAUAUCCGUAGCUUCUAAUUCUCACGUUUUCAAAAAUUGUAACAAUCAAUACUUUUACGAUGUCCAGUUUCAUUUUAAUGUUAAUAUUUUAAAAAAACCCAUUCUUAGAUUUAAUUAACAAGCGCUAAAUAUGCUAAAAAAAUAUAACCGUGUAUAUUAUUUAUCAAGGUUUAUAAACGAAUUACAUAUUAUAAUUUUUUUUGGAAUGGAAAAAAUUUGUAUGUUAUUUAUAUACCAUAAAUGGUAUUUUAUUAAAGACAAAAAAGUAUGUAGGUAAUCAUUAAUUUUUAAAAAAAUCAGUGAUCUACAAUAAUUUCUAAGUUUUGAUGCUUUUUAUUCUACGUAGUAUAGAAGUUGAUUAUUGUCCUACGAACAUUGUGUGUUUGUACAGUAAAACCUCUCAACAACAGACACCGAAGGGGAAUUUCUAAUUGUCCGUUGUGUAGAGAUGUCCACUAAUAGGAGGUGAAAAUUUUAAUAUAGGUUUUGUUAAGUUUCUACAAAAAUGUCCGUUGUGAAGAGGUGUCCGUUAUAUUAAGCAAGGUUUUACUGAAGUUAGUUUUGGAAGGUAGACUAAGUCAAAUAUGUUAAAUAGUCGAUAAUUACAAGCUAGUUAUUAGUCAAGUAAGAACCUUCAGUAAUAAUGUAAUCACUACAAAUAAACUAUCAGAAACGAAA